CUGGAGAGCCCGGAGGAGGAUGGCGCUGGGGCUAGUGCCAACCAUGGAAGGGCUGGAGACUGUGUCCCAGCGCGAGCUGGAUGCCUGGAUUGCCAGGAACCUGGAGCCCAGCACYGCUUUCAGCAAGCAGGUGAAGGAGACGGUGAAGAAGAUCUGUGAUUUCUUCAAGGAGCAGUGCUUCGAGAGCAUCCGCGUGCACAAGACAGUCAAGGGCGGCUCAACAGGCAAGGGCACGGCCCUCAAGAACAACUCUGAUGCCGACGUGGUGAUCUUCCUCAGCUGCUUCUCCACCUACCAGGACCAGAAGGAGAGGAGAGCUGAAAUCCUCRACCAUAUUGAGAGGAUGCUCGAACAGUGCAAAAACACGCUGACGUUCUCUGUGACCGUCAGCAGGCCCCGGCGCAAGGGCCGCUAUGGGUCAUCCGCGCGCUCCCUCAGCCUCACUCUGUGGUCCACAUCGGUCUCAGAGUCUGUCGAGGUUGACGUCCUGCCUGCCUAUGAUGCCUUGGGGCAGGUGAUCCAGGACACUAUGCCGGAUCCUAAUGUGUACGUGAAGCUCCUGGCUGCGCAUGGCGACCUCAGUGAGUUUUCUCCCAGCUUCACGGAACUGCAGAAGAAGUUUGUGAAGCGCUGCCCAGCCAAGCUCAAGAACCUGCUGCGCCUGGUCAAGUACUGGUACAAGGAGGUUCUGAAGCCACGGAACCCCUUGGCAAACCUGCCCCCCAAGUACGCCCUAGAACUGCUGACCAUCUACGCGUGGGAGCAGGGCGCGGAGGCUAGAGAAGACUUCAGCAUGGCUGUGGGCUUCCGCACCGUGCUGGAGCUGCUGUGCCAGUACCAGAAGAUCCUCAUCUACUGGGAAAAGUACUACUCUCUGCAGCACCCUGAAGUGGGCGUCUUUGUGAAGAACCUGCUGCUGCGCAGCUCACGCCCCGUGAUCCUGGACCCCGCCGACCCAACAGGGAUCCUGGGCCAACGCACAGAUUGGGCUCUAGUGGCGAAGGAGGCUGCUCGUUGCCGUUCCCUGCCCUGCGUGGCCUUUGCCCAUCCCUGGACUGUGCAGCCAGCUCGGCCCGUCACAGUGAAGAUAAAGCGUCUCACGGGCCACAGUCUGACCAUGAGCGUCAGCCUGGACACCACCAUCCUGGAGCUGAAGAGAAAGAUCGGGGAGCAAUGGGACAUCCCUUUAUACCAGCAGUGCCUGGGCCAGCAGGAACUAGGUCAGGCUCCCCAAACUCUGCAGGACAGUGAAACCCUGGCUGCCUACGGAUUCUUCUGCAGCACCACACUGGUGCUGUUGCAAACUGAGGAGAUGGAGGUCCUGGUGAAGGAGAACAGCCGCAUGAUCCUCUACACUGUGCGGCCCACUGACACUGUCCGGCAGCUCAAGCAAAAGAUCUAUGAAAAGCAGGGUGUUCACGUAGACCAGCAGCAGCUGAUGUUUGACUCCAAGGAGCUGCAAGAUCAACACACGCUGGUGCACUAUGGCAUCAAGAGCAAGAGCAUCAUCCACCUGCUUCUGCGUCUUCGUGGGGGCACGGCCCUCCAGUACCCUCGCCUCCCUGUUCCCUUGCCCUCCUAAGCAUUACCUGCGCACCAGCUCAGCCCGC